UUUUGGUCCGGCUCUCUAUUGAGAAGCGAUAAGGUUUCAAUAUCCAUCGGUCAUUUUUUCCCCCUUCCCUCCUCCGCUCCCCUUUCAACGUAGGAUUGCCAUUGGAGCUGCUGCUUCUGCUGCAUAUUUUCUUCCCCAGUAGACAGUAGGUAAUUGCAAGUAGAUCCCUAAAAACUCAACCACAUAAUUGCUGCUGCUGCGCACAGAAAUUGGCUAGAAGUUCCUAAACCCUGACUAAUUUUUUGUUUUCCCUUUUAACUCGAGAAAUUGUGGAUUUGGCGGAGUAAUGGCAGUGGCUAGCAUGAGUUUGGAUUUAGUAGUAGGGUUUAGAGGGCUAUCACUAGGUUCCAGCUCAUCGUCGUCAUCCACUUUUCUCAGAGGAGACUUUGGAACCAUUCACGUCCCUCCCAAGGUCACCGUCUCAUUUCCAUUGAAUGCUCCGUUGACGAUUGAGUCCGCUCACAAGAAAGGUGCCGGAAGCACCAAGAACGGACGAGACUCCCCCGGCCAACGCCUUGGUGUUAAAAUCUACGGCGAUCAACUUGCCAAGCCCGGCGCCAUCAUCGUCCGUCAGCGCGGUACCAAGUUCCAUCCAGGAAAGAAUGUUGGAAUCGGCAAGGAUCACACGCUAUUUUCCUUGAUAGAUGGACUCGUUAAAUUUGAGAAGUAUGGGCCAGAUAGGAAAAAGGUGAGUGUUUACCCGCGGGAAUUGCAACCUGAAAAUGCUAACAGCUACAGGGCACGAAAGAAAGAGUCCUUCAGAUUACAGCGUGAGCGAAGGAAAGCCAGAAAAGAAGCCAGAGAAGCGAAUCUCAUGGAGCCAGAGUUGGUACUUGCUUCAAUUGGUGAAGCCUCAGAAACAAAUCCAGUUUGUUGACCUUGAUAAUUUGGCUUAUUAAUUUGAAAUUAAGCUCUUGAUGUCCUUGUAAUCCAGAAUCAUGAUCUGGACAUUUGCAUUAGCUUUGUUUUUCCUUCGUCUUUGUUGUACUGCUGAAUUUGAUCAAGGAAGUACAAAUCUGCUGAAUUUCAUCUCCCUAUCAAUACAUUCUGCUUCCUUAACAUGUA